CAGGUUUCGCAGCUAGUCCAGUUUUCAGCAGUUGUAUUUUUUACCCUACUUGUGGAUCGAUCCAUUGGUUAUAUUGCUUCACUUGUCCCUGGUUCGAUCCACGCAUUCUGUUAGCUUCCUUCUUGACCGCCAUUGGCCCGGAGAACCAUCGGAAAGACGGAGAGCAAGAAGAAGACGAAGAAGACGAAGACGGCUAAGUAGUAGUAGCAGCAGUGGUGGUCGUAUAUUUGGAAGAGCGAGAGGUGAGCGGCCUCCAACUACCUUUUUCCGGCCAGAACCAGUCGACAUCCCGAAUCGGACUUACUUUCAAGCAAGAUUUCAAGACACCAACCAGUUGGUGGGUGAGUGACGACGCCAUAGUAACUAACCUCUCGGCCAUCUACCCUUCUACAGAUCUCCCCCAACCGGUGAGCGAAUAGUGAACCAUCAACCUCGGUGGUAGUUUUGCCUGGGUCCGUUGAUCACCACCUCCACUACCGACACCUGUAGUUCCCCGACCAACCAACCAACCAACCAAGCAACUAGCCCUCCAACCAACCAGAUUGUUUACCCAGGUGGUUUGCCGGGCUAAAAGGUAUACAAGAGGGAAGGAGGACGCCUAGGAGGCCAAUGGCUCUUACCCGGGGAGCUUCAGUCCGACUCGAGACCUAUCUUUGUAUAGAUCACCGGAAUCCCACAACGGUUCAAUGUGUUUAGGGUCCCCCCGGAUCUUUGCUUGUUCGAAGAUUAGAAAGUCCAGAACCCUGGUCUUUACCCCACCCACCUCCAGACACGAGCGGAUCCUGAGGUUAAUUACCGACAACGUCAUUUGAAGUAGAAAGAAGACGCACGUCGAUUUCUAUUCAAAGUUUACCACUAACCAUUGUAAGGACAAUUGAUUUCUGCUAAGUGGACCUUCUCGACAUCAACGAUUCGCUUAGCUGUCAACAUGCAUAGAGCCAAUCGAAUCAUCAAUCCCGCCGCGGAGCAUCAAUUCUUCGGGUACUCGAAACCCAACAGUGGGGUCAAAUCCCAGUCUUGUCGUGUGGUUCUUCAUGGGGGCCUUGCUCCCCUUCCAUUGAGUCGGAAAUCUGUGGAUUCCAAGGUCGAGCCUCUGACUUCUCAGGCUCAUUUGCCUACCACGACCCUGGGCAAACGAUCCGGAGACUUUCUAAGACCUUUCCCACCCAAGCGCCUGUUCUUCUCGCGUGGGCUGAUCACCGAUGGCGGUCCCUCUGGCGUGAAAAAGUAUGGCAGCUUGACCAUGUUCUCGGGUGACCACGCCACCGAAGGCGGUCACUCUCCGGUCACGAACGCGUUUCUGUACCGCCAUCAAUUGUCCCAUGCCAAGCGCAUCGUGAUCAAGAUGGGCAGUGCCGUCAUCACCCGAGAGGAUGGCAACGGAUUGGCCUUGGGUCGACUGGCAGCCAUUGUUGAGCAGGUGUCGGAGUUGCAAAAUGAAGGUCGAGAGUGUAUUCUCAUCACGAGUGGUGCUGUAGCCUUUGGCAAGCAGAAACUGGCCCAAGAGGUCAUGAUGUCCAUGAGUAUGAGAGAGACCAUCUCGGGCAACUACAACACCAAGGAAGACAUCAAGACGCUCAUGAAGUCCUCGUUCAAGAAACCCAACGCUGCUGUAGGUCAAAGUGGAUUGCAGGCACUCUAUGAGACCAUGUUCCGGAAUUACGGGAUUCUGGUCGGGCAGGUGUUGGUGACCAAACCCGACUUCUACAAUGAUAACACCCGGCAACAGCUCUUUACCACCAUCAAUGAGCUUCUCCAGCUGAACAUCAUUCCCAUUAUCAACACCAACGAUGCCGUGAGCCCCCCACCCCAAAAGGACGAGGAUCCGGAGGGCGUCCUCGGGAUCAAGGACAACGAUAGCUUGGCCGCUCGAGUGGCCGUUGAGACCCGAGCUGAUUUAGCCAUCUUGAUGUCGGACGUGGACGGAAUCUAUGACCGUUCUCCUUCGCAUGAGGAUGCCCGCGUCAUGCACAACUUCAAUCCGGUUGAUUUAGCCAAAGUGGAAUUCGGUGAGAAAUCCGAUGCUGGCACGGGAGGCAUGGAAUCCAAAGUAAGAUCCGCCCUCUGGGCCUUGGAGAAUGGCUCAUCCGUGGUCAUUUGCAACGGGAUGAAGUACAACACCAUUCGGAAAAUCAUGCGAGGCGACAAGGUGGGAUCUUUCUUCACCAAGGCUGAAGUGGACGCCAUGCCCGUGGAAGUGUUGGCCAAAAAUGCUCGUUCCGGCAGUCGGCGACUUCAAGCCUUGGCUCCCGAAGCUCGAGCAAAGAUCAUCAACAAGAUUGCGGAUUCCUUGAUCAGUCGCCAGGAUGAAAUCAUGAGCGUCAACGAGUUGGAUCUCCGGCAAGCCCGUUUGGAUGGGGUGGUGGGAGCCAUGUAUUCUCGACUGGCCUUUUCGCCGCAAAAGAUCCAAGCUUUGGCCACUGGCCUCAAGCAAAUCGCCGCCACAAGCUACCAAAAUGUGGGCAAGGUGGUCCGACGAACCAAAGUUUCGGAUACCAUGGACUUGGUCCAGAGAACCGUUCCAAUUGGCGUGCUCAUGGUCAUUUUUGAAUCCCGACCCGAUGCCUUGCCUCAGGUGGCCUCAUUGGCCAUUGCAUCGGCCAAUGGACUUCUCAUGAAAGGUGGCAAAGAAGCCACCAACAGCAACAACCUUCUGAUGAACAUCGUCAAAGAAGCCUUGUCCGAGUAUGGGUGUGCCGACGCAAUUUCCAUGGUGUCCAAGAGAGAAGCAAUUGGAGACCUCCUCAAGAUGGAUCAGUACAUCGACUUGGUUAUUCCCCGAGGAUCUGGCGAGUUGGUCAAGUCCAUCAAGGAGCAAAGCAAGAUGAUUCCCGUCCUCGGUCAUGCCGAGGGUGUCUGUCACGUUUACGUGGACAAAUACGCCGAUUUGGAAAAGGCCCGCGCCAUUGUCAAGGACUCGAAGACAGAUUACCCAGCGGCGUGCAAUGCCAUGGAGACCCUCCUGGUUCACGAGGAUCUGCUCAAGACCCCCGUGUUCGAUAAGAUUUGCUCCACCCUCAAAGAGAGUGGCGUGGCCAUCUUCUCUGGACCCACCUUGGCCAAGCAUCUCACUUUUGGCCCGCCCCAAGCUCACUCCCUCAAGCAUGAAUAUGGCGACAUGGCUUGCACGAUUGAGAUUGUCAAGGACAUGUAUGAUGCCAUUGAUCACAUUCACAAGUUUGGCAGCAGCCACACGGAUGUGAUUGUCACUGAUAACGAGGAGAACGCCCAAAUAUUCUUGGAGUCCGUGGACAGCGCUUGCGUGUUUGCUAAUUGUAGCUCCAGAAUGGCCGAUGGAUAUCGCCUCGGCUUGGGCGCUGAAGUUGGAAUAUCGACUGGGCGGAUUCAUGCCCGAGGACCCGUGGGCGUGGAAGGACUUCUCACCACUAAAUGGGUUCUAAACGGAGAUGGCGACAUUGCCGCCGAUUACGCUAGUGGAGAAAAGCACUUCAUUCAUCAACAGCUUCCCUUGAUCGAUGUGGAGAGCAAUUUUUGCGAAUAAACUGGCGGACGGUUUGUCAUAUAAUUAUAUACAAUAGCACCAAUGCCGACCUUCUAAGUUGAGAAGAUUGAGCCACAACUAGUAAUGCAAAGUACAUGAUUGACAUACAUUACGUUUUAAUAAAGCAAAUAAUGAAUUGGU